GCAGAGCUUUUACUUACUUAGUUCUGGCAUUUUUCUAGCCGAACAAAAAAUGAGAAUGCCUGUUCCGGAAUUCAGGGAGAAUGAAAGUGAAGAGGAGGUAGAAAGCGAUGAAGAAAAGGUAUUUCUUAAGCCUGUUGUUGAAGACAGAAACAUGGCGUUGGCUAGAAAGUGUACUGAAAUGUUAAGUGAUGUCCACUAUAAAGAAGAAUACGAAAAAUCUAAAGGCAAAUACUUAUUUGUCUUGGACACUCCUCAGCUUACACAUGUGAAGAACCUCUCUGCCUUUAUUUCCGAGGCAAAAUACAAAGAAAGUGCAAAGAAAGAGCUUUCCAACUCACUGUACAAGCAGAUGCCAGCUACAAUUGACAGCGUGUUUGCCAAAGAAGUUUCACAGCUUCAGAGCAAGGUUCUCUACAAGCAGAAACAUGAUGCUGAAAAGGGAACAUCAAACUAUGCACAUAUGAAGGAGCCUCCAGAUGUUAAGCAUGCUAUGGAAGUUAAUAAACACCAAAGUAAAGUUUCGUAUAAGAAAGAUCUGCAUGAUAAUCACAGAUACACUGAAGUGCUGGAUAGACCAGAUGUGAUAAUGGCAACCCGGCUAACAAAGAUAAUAAGCAAUGUGGAAUAUGCAAAAGGAAGCCGAGGAAUGAGUAAGGAGCCAAAUGUCCUUGGAAGACUAGACUUUGACCAUGCUAAAGAAGUUUCCAAAUUUUUAAGCCAGGCUAAACACAAAGAGCAAUUUAUUAGGGAUAUGAAGAAUUACCGUUUCAAUCCUCUCAAAAGUGCCUCUUUCAAGCAAGCACAAAUUGCAUCUGCCUUAGCAAGUAAUGUGAAAUACAAAAAAGAUCUGGAAAUCCUCCAUGAGCCAACAUCUGCACUUCCAAACCUAUUGCAUUUAGAACAUGUGUUGAAUGCUAGCAAAAUCCAUAGUAAUUAUGAAUAUAAGAAACUGUUUGAGAAAAGUAAAGGGUUGUAUCAUUUUGGAUCAGAUACAGUUGAUCAGCUGCUCCACAAAGAAAAUGCAGUUCUGCAAAGUCAGGUUAAGUACAAAGAGAAAUAUGAAAAAUCUAAAGGCAAGUCAAUGCUGGAGUUUUCAGAUACACCAACGUACCAAGUUUCAAAGCAAGCCCAAAGUUUUCAAAGUGAGAAAAUGUAUCGAAAAGAUUUUGAAGAUAAAAUCAGAGGAAAACCAGCACUGGAUUUAGACAAGACCCCUGAAUUUUUGCAUGUGAAAAAUGUUACCAAACUGUUGAAAGAGAAGGAAUACAGAAAAGAUCUGGAAAAUGAAAUAAAAGGGAAAGGAGUGAAGCUCAUUUCAGAAACUCCUGACAUUCAAAGAGCAAAGAGACUGUCUGAAAUUGUUAGUGAGAAAGAAUACAAAAAAGACCUAGAGACUGAAAUUAAAGGGAAAGGUAUGCAAGUUGGCACAGAUACACCUGACAUGCAGAGAGCUAAGAAAGCAUCUGAAAUUGCAAGUCAGAAAGAAUAUAAGAAACUUCUAGAAAUGGAACUUAAAGGGAAAGGGAUGCAGGUGGGCAUGGAUACUCCUGAUAUUCAACGAGCUAAGAAAGCUUGUGAAAUUGCAAGUCAGAAAGAAUAUAUGAAAGACCUGGAGACUGAAAUCAAAGGGAAAGGAAUGCAAGUGGGCACAGAUAUCCCAGAGAUACAGCGAGCAAAAAGAGCUUCUGAAAUAGCCAGCCAAAAAAGGUACAAGGAUGAAGCAGAGAAGAUGCUUUGUACAUAUUCUGCUAUACCAGAUACACCUGAAAUUGAAAGGAUUAAAAAUACUCAGAGAAAUAUUAGCACUGUAUUCUAUAAGAAGGGAGUAGGUGCUGGCACAGCAGUAAAAGAGACUCUUGAGACUGAGCGAGUAAAGAAAAAUCAGAAAAAUAUAAGUACAGUUUACUAUAAAGAGCAGCUUGGCAAAGCUACUUCUGUGAGCAUCACUCCUGAAAUCGAGAGAGUCAAGAAGAAUCAAGAGAUUAUCAGUUCGGUCAAGUACAGCAGCGAUCAGCAAAAGAUGAGAGGUAGACCUAGUGUGAUUCUAGACACACCUGAGCUAAGGCAUGUCAAAGAGACACAAAACAACAUCUCAAUGAUCAAAUACCAUGAAGAUUUUGAGAAGACAAAAGGCAGAGGUUUUACACCAGUAGUUGAUGAUCCUGUGACCGAACGGGUGAGAAGAAAUACCCAGGUGGUUAGUGAUGCGGCAUAUAAAGGGGUUCACCCACAUAUAGUUGAAAUGGACAGAAGACCUGGAGGAAUCAUUGUGGACCUCAAAGUUUGGCGAACAGAUCCUGGCUCCAUUUUCGACAUCGAUCCCUUAGAAGAUAAUAUUCAAUCUAGGAGUCUACAUAUGAUUUCGGAAAAAGCAAGACGCUGUAGUGAGCAACAUUUCCAUUCUACCAGUACUUCUGUCAUUGGAGAAGAUAAGUCAGAUGGUUCUAUAUUUUCUUAUUCUAGUGAGGUAACAAGGCCAUCUAAUGAAGAAGCACCUGUGCUUCCUGGGGCGUAUCAACAAAGUCAGCCCCAAGGAUAUGGUUACAUGCACCAGACUAGUGUGUCAUCUAUGAGGUCAAUGCAUUCACAGCCACAUUCAGCUAGCUUGAGAACAUACAGAGCUAUGUACGAUUACAGUGCCCAAGAUGAAGAUGAAGUUUCCUUCAGAGAUGGUGACUACAUCAUCAAUGUACAACCAAUUGAUGAUGGCUGGAUGUAUGGUACUGUUCAGAGAACUGGAAAAACUGGAAUGCUUCCGGCAAAUUACAUUGAGUUUGUUAAUUAAUACCAUUAGUCCUCUUGCGCUUUUAUUCUGAUUUACUUACACUUUACAAAAGUACUUUUAAGACUCUACCUUCAUUACUUCCCUGUUAAUGUAACCGUCUGUGCUCAAAUGCUGGUCCACAGUUCCUCUAAGAAACCGAAGAAGCACUGAGCUCCAAAAGUAAGCUGCUUAAAUUUAUAUAUAAAAACAGACUGUCAGUGGAAACCUGGUGCUUCUAAUCACGUAAAGGUUUCUAUCAAUUAGCUCUCCAAUAUA